AGUCGAAAGCGAGCGAGCGUGGAGUGAGAAAAGAGCAGAGUCCGUUGGAUUCGAUUGGCAGUUUCAGUCAUGGCGGAUGGAAAUCCAACUGAUGCUCAUCAGCGACUUUCCUUACCUGCAGACUCCGCCGGUAAUGGCGUCGAUAACGUCGACGAUGGUGACAAUGCAACUAGUUCGAGUUCAGCGGUGGCCGAGGGUUUGUACUCUCUGAUUUCCUCCGUAAUGAAUGAUUUCGAUUCGAGAGCUGAAGCUGCAGAGCGCAGCCAAGACCAACUUGAGUUUACUCUGGAUCGUCUAACUGGAGAGCUUGACAAAUUGUUAGAGGAUGCACCAACACCCUUUAUUAUACAGCAUGCUGCAAAGAUCUCUAGUGUUAGGAAAAGGGUAAAAGUGUUGAAUACAGUUUUGAAGUCCGUACAGCAUCGAAUAGACAAUCUGGACCAAAUGCUGUCAACUGGAUCAGUGCAUGAAAACAUCGCUGCGGAAAAUAGCGGGCAACAGCAAGCUUGACAACUACGGUACUGCCCGACUUUCCCUAUAUAUAAUACUUGAACUUUAUUCAGGAUUUGAUGUGGUAAUAGCUUUAACAUAUAAGUCUGAGAUGGAAAAAAAAGAUAUUAUGUUUGUUUUAGGAUAUUUUUUAAUUUUAGGUUGAUUUGGAUUUGAAAUAAUGAUUGGAUGUGAUGUUGGUGCAAGAGUUUAGGACUUUAGGUGUUUGAUAAUAUUU